ACACGGUAUCUCCUUGUAUGAAAAGUUCCGGUCGUUCUUUCAAGAGGUUAUCUUUUAGCCAAAAAAGUAACUUUUGUAUGGUCCCUAUAAAAUUUUCACGUGGCAAAUUGAAACUACAUUGGAGAACAUUUGUAAUACUUACAUUCGCUUCCAGUAUCAACUUUCACAAUGUCGGAAGAAAACGAACAUACCUCGGAAGACACCGAGGCAGAAAUGAAUACGGAAAAUCACAGUAAACAACAAUCGAAGAGUGAAACGAGCAUGUUAAACAAUGAAACGGAACAACCUAUGUUGGAAGAUGAAGAAAUGCCAACGUACAUUAGUGUAUCAAGUCCAUCGAGGCGCGAAGAUUCGGAUGUUAAUAAUACAAAACAACAGGACAGAAUUCCAAUAGAGGAAGACCACAGUCGAAGUCCUUAUCCUAGUGAUGAUCAAGGAGGUGGUAGUAUCUAUGUAUUAUCUUCUGGAGAAGAGACUACUCAUGGAUAUAAUGAUGAAGAAGAUGAUGAAUAUGCAGAUAGUGAUGACAUGGAUGAAAUGGAUCUUGAAAAUGACCAUGACAAUGUAAUGUUAGAGGGUGAGGAAGAAGAAGAUGAAGAUGACGAUGAAGAGGAAAAUCCUUUGAGACUGCAUCAUGAUGAUUUUGAAGAUGACAUAGAUUAUGAGCCAGAAUGUUUUGAUAGAGUGUCUGAUGACUUUGUGCUAAACACCAGAUUAAAACAUCAUCCUAAAGAAAGAAGUUUGUCGCUUCAAGAUUUAAGUAUAACCAAAACUUUUGGCCUCUCACCAUUUAAUAGGAAAAGGCAUAGCAUUUUUAGGUACAAUUAUUCAAAUAUGCAACACAAUCAGGUAGAAAAUCUUGUUACAAAUAAAAAGCAAGCAGUACCACAUAAAUAUCAACAUGUGGAAAGUAAAGUGAAACAGUACAUAAAGGAUAUAAAGGAACAAAAUAGAAAAUCUAUAGAAAAACGUGUUAAAGAACAAGAAAUUUUGAUGAGUAAAAAUCACGAAGAGAAUGAAAAUAAAGACACUGAGCAAUUGAAGGCAAAAGUUACUAAACAAGCCAUAAAAGAUUAUGCAGAAGAGGCUAUUAAGGAUUUACAAAGAGAAGAAACUGAAGAUGAUAAUGUAAAUUAUAAUACAGCACAAAUAGUAGAAAAUGGUGAAAAUAAUAAAACUUCUAACAGAGGAAUUGAAAGCCAAUAUAAACUUAUUCGAAAGGACACUGAAUACAAUGAUAUACAAAGUGAAAAACGUACACAAAAUUGCGACGAUAAAAUAGAAAAACGAAAUGGUUCUGUAGAUAUUAAUAAACAUCAUAUUGAAUAUCAAAACACUAUAGAUAGAAAUGUAAAAUUUGGUAACAUAAAUCAGUCUUCUUUAGUUAAUGGUCAUCAGCAGACACCUACAUUUAUUAAUCUGCGUACAUUAAGUUACGAAGAAUACAUGCAUGAUACUUCUAACACUGAACAGGGUGAAGAAUCUGAAGAAAAACCAGAGAAAAAUGAAUCGGAAGAAUAUAAUGAUACAGAAAUGAUUAAUGCACAAGAAAUUGAUAACAGUAACACGAGUUGUCCAUUGAAAAUUGAAAACGUUAAAAGUAUCCGCAUAACGCAAGAUGAAUCAGAAAAUUUAACUUUUGGAAAAAUUAAUCCGACUAUUCGAAUAAAUGCAGAGAACUCUGAAAUAAUUCAAUUGAAAGCUCAACUUACUAAAAAAGAUGAACAGUUCCAUAAUUUACGAGAUGUUUAUCAGAAAACACUGGCAGAAAAUAUAAAAAUGAAACAGGAAUUAGAUGCUUUAAAAAAAUCGUUAGCUAAAUAUGAAGAUGAAAGUAAAACAUGUGAAACGAAAAUUGCAUCAGUACAAACUGAAGCAAUUGUAGAGUCUUCUACUUCCAAUAAAGGUACUACAUCUUCAGGAGAAGGAAACAAAGUAUCCACCAGUAGUGUUGCAUCUACAGUAAGUUCUGUUGAUCCAUGGGCAGAAAGUUCUUACAGUCCAGCUAUAUCAAUUAAACCACCCGAUUUGACCCCAAUUCUUAAUUCUGAUGAUAGCAUUGUACUCACUGAUGGUAUAACUCCAAGAAAAAUAGCGCAUCCAAUAUCUCGAACAUUUAUCACUUCAUCGCGAAUUCUGCAAACACUUUCAAAUAUAACGCAAGGUAAAACAAAAGUUGAAAGUCCUUUGGUAAAACAUACGAGUCAAAAACGAUUAAAUGAAAAUUCAGCAAAUCAGUUAUUAAAUUUGGCUUACAAUUCUCCAAUGCAUGCUUCAAGUUCCAAGAAAAGAAAAGCAACAGAAAUGCUUGGUCCUUCUACUUUUGUUCAACCUUUUAAAAUACCUCACACUUCCAUAGAAUUGGAAAGAAAAAAUAGUAUCGAUGCAACUGAGGUAUCAUUUAAAUAUUCUGAAGAAAAUACAAGUUCGAAAUCAGAACAAGAAGAGAAAAAUACAUCUGUUAAUAAAAAUAUUAAUGAUUCUAAAUCUAUAGAAGCUAAGAUGGGAGAAGCAGAAGAUAAUGAGGACAGUGUAAAAUGUUUCAUAUAUAGAGAUGAUGAAAAUAGCAAAAACAAAAGUUUCUUAAUUCAAGCAGAAGAACCUACAAAAAAUAGAUUAAAUGAUGAAAAAAAUCGUAUACAAGAAUGUGGGCCAUAUUUAUUGGGUAAUCUUGAAGUAAGAAUGUCCGAAAUAAAUGGAACAAUCAGUGUUUGGGGUAAAGAAAUAAGUCAUGAAUCCGUGAGCGAUAACGAGGACGAUAUGGAGGUAUCUAUAAAAUCACCUGAAAAGCAAACGUGUCACUGUUGGCCGAAUAUAACAUCACAAACUAGAUUUAAUGGAAGUCCAUUUAUGUGUUCAACCAACAAAAAACAGAAAAUUCCAUCAAAAUUCAACAGAUCCAAUAUUUCUCAAUGUUCUCACAAUUUAUCGUUACAUUCAGUAAAAGCAUCUUCCUUCGUAGACGAUAUAAGUGAUAAAAGACAUAAGGAUAAUUGUUUGAGCCCAGAUACUUGUGUUCCUUGUUGUGAAAAAUACGAUUCCUCCAAAUAUCAUAACAAAUGGUCACCUUGUAAAAAUGUUCCGAGUCCGCAAGAAAAAUUACAUUCCUGUUGUACGCAUCAUACAGAAUUUAUAGAUAAAGAGUGUAAUUGUGGUUCAUAUCAUGAGAAACAAAAAUAUGAUAGCCCUAAGUGUUUUAAAGAUAAGUUUCAUAAUAAGGGAAUCCGAAGAAAUUCAUACAAAAAUACAUUCACACCAGAUUCGAAGAAUCAUUUGCAUGGAAAUAUUACGAACGCUGCUGCCGAAAUGAGCGAAGUAAUUUGCAAAUACCAUACAACGUGUCGACAUUCACUUCAAAACGUGAUGAAUAGUAGUUCACAUUCAAAAUGUUGCAACACUAUUAAAGACAUUUCUUGUGUAUGUAAAUCAUCUUCGGACAAUAUAAAUAAUCAUGAAAAUUUUGACAUUCAUUCAUCCAAUCAUAAUUUUUCAAACAAUGACGAAGAAGACCCUCUAAUUUUACAUAAACGAUCUAAUGAAACAUCUGAAACGAGACAACGAAGAUUAAGUGGCAAAAGAGUAAGAGGUAUUCUUAUGGAUCUUUUACGAGGAUGUGGAGAUUGUCGCAGUAAUAGUACUUCCGGUUUAAAUAAAAGUGGACACCAACAAAAAGAAACACCUUAUACGGUAAAUGGUCCUGCACAAAUUAAAAUUUCUUCUCCUGCACCCGAACCUACAUGUUCCAGUUCUACACAAUGCAACGACAGGUGUUGUCAUGCAUACGCACGGCGGAUUGAGUCUCAGCUUGAAGAAUUCCGAAUGGAAAUGGAAAGAGUACGGUCGCGUUCAGACGCAAUCCUCAAGAUGCUCAAUAUGCUUCACUCUGUGGAUAUGAACUAAUGAAACUUAUCAACUAUAAAUAAGUGCUUUUCCUUGUACAAAUCACUAUUUUCAUUUCCUUAAGUUGAGAUA